AUGCCUGCUGAUCCUGAGCGACAGUUCGUCAGGCUCAUCUUCGACGUCUCCAAAAAGUACGCCAGCUGGGAUCCAGAGGUCCCUAUCGACGUAGGCGACUAUGGACGUAUCACGGCCGGGCGGAGUGGACUAUUCUUCUGGCGCCGCAAGGGCACUUUCCUGAAAGAGGGUAACAUCUACGCUAACGGACAGGCCGAGAAAUUCGGCAUCACUCUACCGCAUGAGCAUGGCUCACAAGGGGAAGAGGGAGGCGUGGCGUGGUUCGUUUCGGGUAAUGCAACGAAGAUCGACUUCGACGCAAGUAUUUCGUCAACCACACCAGCCCUUGCUAAAUGUAGCGUCAAGGCCGGCUUCCACUUUGACUCUUCUCCUGCUGCCAUCCUCGCCAUGCAGAACGACACAAUCUGGACGAUCAAUCCUCCCGGAAGCCUCCGCCUCCUCGCCAAAGAACCCUCCAUGUCCAACCGCGUCAUAGUCUCCGAAGUCCAUCGUUGCUCGUCCUACAUCCGCGCCCUCACCUCCUCCAACUCUCGCGACCUAUACCUCGGUGUAUCUGCUGAACCUCCGGCCGCGUCUCCCGCUAAGGGGAAGGCGGGUGUGGAGGCCAGGUGGGUUACGAGCUCUACAGCGGGGAACUUCAGGUCAAAGGUGGAUGCGAAGGACGAGAGGAGUUUUUGCCCGUUGUUUAGGUUGGUGACGUUUAGGGAGACGGAGGUUACGACUGGGAUGAGAGGUCCAAAAGAAGUGGAUGUGGGUCAACCGCUGCCCGAUGCUGUUCCACCAUGGGAUGCCGCGCCUGUGACUAAAGAUACAGAGUGA